AUGGGUUGCUUUCUUGCGUGUUUUGGUUCCUCCAAAGAUCGCAGACGUCGUAAGCAUCAUAGGCAAAACAAGGUUCAACCACGAGUCCAGAGAAAGGAAGCUUACAGUCCAGUGCAAUCUACCGUUUCAGUGGUACAGGAGUACUGCCCAGAAAAACCUAUUGUUUUCCCAGUUUCAGAAAUCAGGGAUGAUGGGCUUGAGGAGAAAUUGAGCUUGAGUGCUAGAAAGAAAGUAACAUUCAAUUCGAAUGUGACAACCUACGACCAUAUUCCAGUAGAAGAAUCCACGGAUUUUACAUUGGGGGAAGAAGAUGGUGACAAAAGGGAGGAGAAGGAGGAGAGUUUUGCAAAACCAAGCCAAUCUCAGUCCUCUUCUGAAGAUAGUUCCAUUGCCUCAAGCUUGCGUUCCUAUCCUCCUAAUCACAGGUAUCAGAAUUGUAGAGACAGUGACGAUGAGUUAGGCUAUGAGGAAAGUGAUAUUGAUGACAGCGAUGAGGAUGGGGAGGACGAUGACGGGGGCUAG